AACGCCCGGCCAGCUAGCAGCGACAUACCUUGCAUUGAAAGAAGUGUUGCAGUGAAACCAAGCGCUCCCAGACACAUCAUUCUUCAUCCCUGAACCAUACCCACGAUGCCAGAACACCUGGAGGUGUUGGUGUUUAGCAAAAAGGCGCAGGACAUGAUAACAAACCUGGAUGAGUGGCUUGCAAACAAUGAUGACUACAAGCCCGUCGAUAAAAACUUUGACGAGUGCGUUCGUAAUGGGAUUGGAGAAGAAGUGAUCCCUUUAGGCGACGAAAUCGCGCGGGGAAUUGCAACAAUCUUCGAGGGGCUGGGAUUCGAGAUGGAGGAGCUCAUAGGCCAUCUUCCAUUUUCGAUGGACCGUGGAAAACUACGCCUGCCCGACUUAGCUUUCCCCGUAGUAGGACAAUCGGGUAUGCGACGGGAGGGCGAUGGCGUUGAUGAGUGCCGAUUCAAAACAUAAACUCCGCGCAAAUAGCGUAGCCUCGCCCAUGUGAAUAAGGAGCGUUGGUGCACCGCCACGACCUGGGUGGCUGGUGUCGGAUGCACCACGUAUGUCUAUCGUUCGCAUCCUCAUGGCCAUACCUAACACCCCUCCAUCGCACUAUG